AUGGAUCCAAACCCAAAGGGUCAUCCAACUGUUGUGCUAGCAUCAAACUUCAAUGCUUCAAAUGAUGCUACAAUUUUACGUAAAGCAAUGAAAGGUUUUGGAACUGAUAAUGCUGCACUUAUCAGCGUUUUAUGUCAUCGAUCAUGUGACCAACGAAUCGAAAUCGCAAAAGCCUUUAAAACAGAAUACGGAAAAGAUUUAAUUGCUGACAUUCGCUCAGAAACUUCUGGCAAUUUUGAAAACGUUCUUGUUUCUCUCCUUACUCCAACUAUUGAGUUCUACUGCAAUGAACUCUUCCGAGCAAUGGAUGGCAUAGGAACUGAUGAAAACGUCCUUAUUGAUGUAAUAUGCACAUUGAAUAAUCAGGAUAUGAAAGAAAUCAACGAAAGGUUCCAAAAAAAGUUUAGUAAGACUUUAGAGAGUUACUUACGUGGCGAUACGAGUGGAUUCAUGAAGCGCUUGAUGACAUCUUUGUCAACUGGCAAUAGAGAUGAAUCUAUGAAAACGGAUUUAAGUUCGGCUCAACAAGAUGCUAGUGCAUUAAAAAAAAGCAGGCAAUAUCAAAAAUUGGCUGGAAAUACUUUAGAAAAUGACAUCAAACGUGAAUUUAGUGGAGACAUUGAAGAAGCAUUAUUAGCCAUUGUUCGUUAUGCUAAUAAUCCAGCAGAAUUUUUUGCAAGAAGACUUCAUAAGUCAAUGGCUGGUCUUGGUACUAAUGAUCGUUCUUUAAUUCGUCUUUGUGUACUUCGCUGUGAAAUUGAUAUGGCUGACAUUAAGGAUGCAUUUCAACGCUUGUAUGGAAAAUCAUUAGCUUCAUUCAUUAAAGGCGAUUGUUCAGGAAACUACAAAAAAUCUCUAUUGGCCUUGUGCGGUGAAAACUAGGUCUUUUUUAUCGACAAUUUAACUUGUUAUCAGAUUAUUCAUCAAUUUUUUUUUAUCUAGAGGCUUGGAAUAUAUCAUUGACGAUUAGUCCCAUAUUAAAUGUUAAUAUUUUUAUUAUAAUAAACAUUGAGUCACGUGAUUUUUGAGAGUCAACUCAAUGUUUUGA